AUGUUGGAGGGAGGUAAACAAUCCCCUCCUCUUACUGUUAUAGAGCAAGGAAUCUCUGAUCCGGGGACAAAAAGGAUUUCCCCUCCCCACACUGGAAGAUAUUAUCACCGACUCUCUGACUGGAUACACGUUCUGGGCUGUUAUGGUGCCCAGACCGUGGAAGAUUUUGGGAUCCUGUCAAACUACACCCUGGACAGAGGUUCAGUGGGGCUCUGUCAAGAAAGGUGUGGAUCCAGCAGCUUCGCUCUUCAGAAUACCACGUGUCUUUGCCUAAGGGAAACUCCCCAGAUUAAUAGUCUCUCUCCCUCACAAUGUGAUUAUGAUUGUUCAUCUGACGAUGAUAGUCACGUGAAUGACUGCGGAGGAAGUAACACCUACAACGUCUACAGCGCUACCCCAAGUCAUACACUUUCUAGUGAGAGAACAGUAAACUGUGUUGUGCUUGGAUGUUAUGAGCAGUAUGCACAGAUCCACACCAACAACUGUACCGAGGACUUUGGGUCGAUCUGCGAAUCAGAGGAGAGUACCAAUAAAACCCUGGCCCCAGAUGAUGAAGACUUCAAGUCUUGGAGCCAGACCUACAAGGAGUGCAGGGUGGAGGGGAGCUAUUUAUACGGUGAAGUCAGUCUGAACGAAGAUCCCAGGGUGCUGUGUAACAAACUUAGAAACUUUAAAAGCAACACCCCGGAAACCUGGCUAGGAGUGGCCAGACAGAUAACAUCUUAUAUAAACAAGCGGUCACCAGCCCUAACGGCUAAUGAUUUAUUGGACACUACCACAGUCAUGACAACAAUAGAAAGUAGCACGACAGAAACAACGGAAAAUCCGACAACAACGUCAGAAAGUCCCACCACAAUUGAAAGUCAUUCAACAACAGAGAGUCCCAUAACAACAAAGGAAAGCCCUAUAAUAACAAGUCAAACAACAGUAGCAACAGAAUUUCCAACAACAACAUUAAUAACAUCAGAAAGUCCAACAACAACAACCAAAAGUCUAGAAACUACCGAAAGUCCAACAACAAUAGAAAGUUUCACAACAACUACAGAAAGUUUACCACCACCAACAACAACAGAAAGUUUCACAACAAUAACAACAGCAGAAAGUUUCACAACAACUACAGAAAGUCCCACAACAACAACAGAAAGUUUCAAAACAACUACAACCACAGAAAGUCCCACAGCUACAGGAAGUCAAACAAUAACAGAAAGUCCAACAGCAACAACAAAAACAGAACGUCCAACAACAACAACAACAGAAAGUUCUAGAACAACUAAAGAAAAUCCUGCAACUGAAAGUCCUACAACAUCAAUGGAGAGUAGUAAAAUAAUAGAAGAAAAUUUUACAUCAACAGAAUAUCCUGAAAUAUCAAGUAGACAAACAGCUAAAAUACCAACAGAAAGUACCACAACAGAAGUUUCUACGACAUCAAAAGAUAGUCCCACAACGAAUGUGACAGAAAAAGCAACAAGUUUUACAACUUUGAGUCUUUCAACAUCUAUACACAAAAAAUCAACAACAGUGAUAUCAACAAAUAUAUCUAUUACAGCAACAAGCACUCAAUUGACAGUAAAGUCCACAACAGCAGAUCCGGUAUCACAGGGACCGAUAGCGCCUGCAUCACAGACCAAAACAGCACCUAUAUCACAGACCAAAACAGGUUAUAAUCAAACACAUAUACCACCUAUAUCACAGACCAAAACAGCACCUAUAUCCCAGACCAAAUCAGCACCUAUAUCACAGACCAAAACAAUGCCAACAGAACGAGCCAUUAUAGUAGUCGUGUCUGUUACCAUCGUGGGAAUCCUCAUGGCGAUAUUAGGAAUCGUCUUUAAACG